AUAUAAGUUCGUGAUUUAUUAUAAUUAUUGUUAAGACAAAACGCAUUUAUGCAGAAUCAUUUUUUCUAUGUUUUUAAGUAAUCUUAGAGUAAAAUCACCCAUUACAAAAAAGAUAGAGCAUACUAUUUUUGAGGGAAUGACAUAUUAUAUAGAUUUGUCUAAAUAUUGUCUUAAAACAAUUUAAACAUAAAUUAAAUGUAAGACAUUUUUUUGUUUAUUUUGAAAGUCGAUUACAAGGUCAAAUAACAAUAAAAUAUAAAAUCGAUGUCUCAAAAAUAUAAUUUUCGCUAUUUUUUGUAGUGGGCGAUUUUAAUUUUACUCUGAGAUUACGUCUUAAACAAAAUUUGUUUAAUUCUAUUUAAUAGAAAGAAAUAUGAUUCUGCGUAAAUACGUUUCGUCUAUGUUGCGCCUGGACCAGAGAGAGAAAACAAAAUUUGUUGCGCUGACAUCCUCUUUUAAGAAAAAUAAUUAAUAGCCCAACUGUUGGUCGCUCGCGUAUCACGUUAUCUCCUACAGUCAUAUCAUUGAGUAUUACCAUUGAUUAAGUGAACUAACUUACUAAUGUUUACUUAAUCAAUGGUAUUAUUCUUUGGGCUCAUACAGUCGUAUCUCGUAUACUACUAGACUGCUAGAGUAAUAGAGUAAUAUUGCUGAAUAAAUUAAUAUAAUUUUACUUUACGGCACAGUAAGGAAACAGAAGCUGUCUUCAGUCUAUUCAUGUUCACACUUCUACAGUUCACACAGUUCAGUAGUUCACACUCCACAGACAGCCUGUAAGUCAGUGAGCUUACAGACAUUUUCAAACUAGUGAUAGUAUAUAAUAUUUAUUAUUUUAUAACUUAUUUAAAUUUAAAUAACAAAAUAAAAUAAUUUUCGGUAUAUUUGUGUAAAUGUUACCACCUUCUUGUCGGUAGCAGGCUCGAUAUUUCAUUGAAAAAUCUAUACAAUGUCACUUAGGGAAGUGUUUAAGCCUAAAAGCUUGAAGAUCUCUACCACGUUUAUCGACGCAGAUGGGAGAGAAAAACAGAUCGAAACUAGGGAAGACGAAGAACAGUCACAGAAACUGCAAGAAAUUAUAGAUCUGUUAAUUGCAGCUGGGUAUUUUCGUGCUAGAAUUAAAGGCUUAUCUCCAUUUGACAAGAUUAUUGGAGGUCUUACGUGGUGCAUAGAUAAUUGUAAUGUUGACUUGGACAUUAAUCUGCAUUUCGAUGAAUCUUUAGUCAUCGGUCAAAAAAUAGCACUCACGGAAAAAAUUGUGUCCGUCCUACCUAAAAUGAAGUGUCCCUACCAGAUUGAGCCGCAUCAAAUUCAGGGCCUUGAUUAUAUCCAUGUAUUUCCUGUUAUUCAAUGGUUAGUGAAGCGUUCCAUAGAAAAGAGAAAAGAAAGAGGUGAAUUCUUGAUGGUCUAUGCUGCUAAUCAAUUUGAUAAGUUAAUUUGUUUUAAAAAUGUCUUGGAAAGUGAACAUAAACAUAAGGAAAGAUGUAACCAUCUUAAAAAAUGUUUGACUGGCAAUAGGACAAAUAAAUCCUUUCACAAGGAAGAGCAGAGAAUAAUGGAAUGUAUUGACGAUAUAUCUGAACCUGAAGACAUGGAAAGUUGUGAAUGGUUUAUUAAAAAGCCUUUUGAUGCCAAUGACUUUAUUGAGACUGUGAUGACAGAUGAAGAAAAAAUUGCCAAGUUACACACAGAAAAUCAAAAACUAGCUGAAGAGUUACAACAAGCUCAAGAAGAAACAGUUAAAAUUGAGAGUAAAAUAGAAAAAAUAACUUUGCAGAAUAACAACAUGGGGGACGAUAGAAAACGAGAACAUGAAAAAAUUAAAAUUCUUCUAACCGAGUAUGAAAGAGUGAAGGAAACCGAAGAAACAUUUCAAAAAGAAUGUGAAAUAAAAAUGGAAGAGUACCAGCAAAAAAUAAAGGAAGCUAGAGCAUUGCUCGAAGAGCCAGUAGAAGACGAUGCGGAACUUAAAGAAGAAUUAGACAAUAUUAGAAACAUGGUGGAAGCAGCUAGAACGAAACUGAGUAAAAAAGCUAGAGCUGUGGGACUAAUGAAACGAAAACUCGAUCAAAUACCUGACAGAGCUGAAUUGGCCCAAUACCAAAGACGAUUUGUUGAGCUGUCUAAUGAAGUAUCGGCCAGGUAUCGAGAGACAAAACGACAUUACGCUCUCUACAAUACUCUUAGUGAUGUCCAAAUGUACUUGAAUAAAGAGCUAUCAUUAUUGAGUUCAAUUCUGGACGCUUAUCCCGAAGCAGAAAAGUCACCAGAGUCAAAAGAACAGUUUUUGAGGCAGUUAGAAAACAUAGAUGUUAGCGUUAAACAAACUUUAGACAGAGUGGAAAGUAAAAGAAACAAAGAGCAAAGCAUUAAGACUAAUCUAAACAACCAGUUGUCCACUUGUAUGUCAGCGCACCGACAAUAUUUAGCUGCCGUAAAAGAGCUUGAGACUGAAGUACAAAAAAAUCUCCAUCUUCAAGAACAGAUUGAUCAAUUUUAAAAUAUUAAAGAGUCAAUCAAAAGGCAAUCUUUAAUAGUUAAUACUUAUUUAAGUAGUAAAUUGUAUUUAAAUUAUUAUUUAUUUUUAUUUAUAUAAUAUUAUAUUUUAACUAUUAAAACAAUACAAAUGUUUAAAAUUGUUAAUAAAUAUUAUUUUAUGUAUAACACAAAA